AUGGGGCUCGUCAAGGCGUUCCAGAGCGCCUACUUCGACUGGUAUGGCGGCGGCGCCAACUCGCUCGCGUCGGGGUACUCCCGCGGGAUGGGGCUCGGCGCAGAGAUCAUUGGCACCUUUGUGCUCGUCUACACCGUCUUCUCCGCCACCGACCCCAAGCGCAGCGCCCGCGACUCCCACGUCCCGCUUUGUGUCUCGAUCUGCUGCUACCUGCUUAGUUGA